AUGGCGGCGGUGUCGGGGGCCGCCGCGAGCAGCUGUGGGAGCCCUGCCGGGGUUCCGGAGAUGGUGCGCGGGCAGGUCUUCGACGUGGGGCCUCGCUACACCAACCUCUCCUAUAUCGGGGAAGGGGCUUACGGGAUGGUCUGUUCAGCCUAUGAUAAUUUGAACAGAGUUCGGGUGGCGAUAAAGAAAAUCAGCCCUUUCGAACACCAGACUUACUGUCAAAGAACCCUGAGAGAGAUCAAAAUCCUGUUGCGUUUCAAGCAUGAAAAUAUUAUCGGAAUCAAUGACAUCAUUCGGGCUCCAACUAUUGAUCAAAUGAAAGAUGUCUACAUUGUGCAAGAUCUCAUGGAAACGGAUCUUUACAAACUCUUAAAGACUCAACAUCUCAGCAAUGAUCACAUUUGUUACUUCCUUUAUCAAAUUCUGAGAGGACUGAAAUACAUCCAUUCAGCCAAUGUAUUGCACAGGGACCUCAAACCGUCCAACUUGUUGCUAAACACUACUUGUGAUCUCAAGACAUGUGACUUUGGUUUGGCUCGUGUGGCAGAUCCAGAUCACGACCACACUGGCUUCCUAACGGAAUACGUAGCUACGCGUUGGUACAGAGCUCCUGAAAUUAUGUUGAAUUCUAAGGGUUAUACCAAAUCUAUUGAUAUUUGGUCUGUAGGCUGUAUUCUGGCAGAGAUGCUAUCAAACAGACCCAUCUUCCCAGGAAAACACUACCUUGAUCAGCUGAACCACAUUCUUGGAAUUCUUGGGUCUCCUUCCCAGGAAGACUUGAACUGUAUAAUCAACGCGAAAGCGAGAAAUUAUUUGCUUUCUCUACCCUAUAAAAAUAAGGUUCCCUGGAACAGAUUAUUUCCAAAUGCUGAUCCCAAAGCUCUUGAUCUGUUGGAUAAAAUGUUGACUUUCAACCCUCACAAGAGAAUCGAAGUGGAAGAAGCUUUGGCUCACCCCUACCUAGAACAAUAUUAUGAUCCCAGCGAUGAGCCUGUAGCUGAAGCGCCUUUCAAAUUUGAUAUGGAGCUGGACGACUUGCCGAAGGAAAAACUGAAAGAACUAAUUUUUGAGGAAACUGCCAGAUUCCAACCAGGAUACAGAUCCUAAACGGCAUAAGGGAUAAAGGAAUUCAAGGGCUGGGUACACUCUCCGUAGACGUUCUCUUCCUGGUUCUUUCUCUAUGGUCAUAUGACGUGGCCUCCUUCAGUUUAUCCACUAACAUUUCAAGCCAUUCAGGGAGACCAUUUCUAUGGUAGUCCUGGCUUUCUAUAUGUCUUCAAACGAUUAUUUAUGCCUGAAGAAUCGUUACCGAUACUCCUGCGUGUAAAACCUACCCUGCCGGUCUUUUGCAGGUACUGUCUUUCUCUUAUCAACACACACCACCCCUAGAUGACAACCGUAGGCUUACACCACGUCCCUUUCUGGUUUGAAAGAUGCAGUGUUGUUGGUCUCUGAUCUUUAGGAGGGCAGACGAUUUUAUACAUUUAUAAUCCUUUUCGUUUUCUAGAUUUUUGUAACGGCGUUUUGAGAGUAGAGAAAAAAAUAAUAAUUAAGGAACAUUGAGGGCACUUUAAGUCGAGGGCAUUCGCCACAACUUUUUGCACUUCUUUAAGCUUGCCAUGUUGACUGGCAUGCACAGUACGAGAGGACAGAUCCAAGCAUACACUGUAUUUAUACUUUUAACUCUCCCACCCCUACCCUACCCUGAGGGAAAAAUUAAGGCAGGUCACUUCAACGCUGAGACGUUUCGGCAAACGAUGCAGGAGAGAAAAAAAAAACCCACGCCCCUUCUUUCCCCCACUUUAAGAGGUCAUGGUACUUGUGCAAUCUUAACUUUGAAUGGUACACCUGAUUUCUAAUGCCACCUUUACCAGAUGCAUCUGCUUACCUAGAAGCCAGUCUCGUUGAUUUCAGCUGGACGUAAAUCUCUGCCGACUUCGAACUUCAAUUGGUUUCAACACGGCAAAAAUAGCUUAGAACGAAAUCUGGUAUUUGAUGGGUUCCUUUCCUGGAAAUGCAUCCAGGGGGUAAUAUGUAUUAGCAGAGAAACAUUUGUGGAUCCUGUUAAACUCCACCCAAAUAACGAAGAAUCCUCACUCGGUACCUUUCUUUUAAAUGCAUGUG